AUGUUACAUGACACGACUUCAUGUGAUACAGAACAACCAACAGCCCCACCAGCUGCUGAAGUUCUUACGCCAGGAGACGUUGAUGAAACAGUUGAUCCACUAAGCAGCAAUCAAGUCAAGUCAGGAACACCAGUCAAUGAGAACCCGGAACCUAAAGAGCAGCUUGAAGAGAUGUCAGGAGCAAUCACACUUCAAGAAGUGGCUCCAGAAGAGGAUCCUCUGUUUAUCUCUGGUUUGAAGGUUCAAGAACAAGGUGAAGGAGACAUUAACAGAUCUGCUGAAGGAAUGAAGGAAGUGACAAGUUCAACCAACUCUCAAUGUAAUGAGGCUGUAAGAACAGAAGCAUGGUCAAUGGAAUCUAUGCUACCACUUAACCAAAAGGAACUUGAGUACUUUUACUUCAAUAGCAUGCUUACUCAACAAGAUGCAUUUGUAGAGGAAUUCAUGAAGGGGAACUAUUUACUUGACAAGCAUGAGUUUUAUGAACUUGUGAGUAACUAUCUACGAGCUCGGAUAAAUGUAGGAACUAUUCAAACUGAGAUGAAAGGACAGAGGGAGGAUUACUUGGACAAUGUGGAACAAAUCUGGAGCUUUACACAGAAUGAGAUUCCUGUAAAGGGUCAGUGUCAAGAUGAUGUGGGCGUGAAAGCCAGCCAUACAUUCAAGAUUGUAGAGUACCAUGAAGGGAAACUGAAGGCAGUAGUGAAUGCCCUUUCUCAGCUCCGCAACCAUAUCCAUAGUACCUAUGCCCUUGUCUCAUAUACAUCACAGCUAUCCAGGCUUCAGAUUGAGGUCUAUAUACAUCACCUAUUGAAUAGGUCUGACCUCUUCAAAGAUGUUGAUAACACCAUAUCUGUUGGAGCUCAUUUGGUGAAUACGAAUUCUUCUGUGGCUCCAGGUGAUUUAACCAAAUUGAGACAGUGUAUCUCAGUUCUGUUUGCAUUCCAGCGUAGACCAAUCUCAGAUUCAGAGUUUGUUGAAAACUCUAGAUUCUGGUUACAUCGUAUGGUAUGUAUCCUCUUGAGGAUAGCAACUCUUGAUGAUCAUCUGUUCAUCUUUCAACACUUGUUACGAUGUCCUCCAGGCAUUACUGAGUGGGCUACUACAUUUCUACAGGUGCCAGCUCCUGUACAAGAAGCACUUGGAAACCACCAUCUUAUUAGCAUGGAUGAUGUCCCAUCAUCGCCUCAAGGUCAAAUGUCACAUGAUUUCUGGGACAGCCCACUCCUUCAUCACUUCGUUAACAUGCUAGCUACCCUUAUGGCUCCUGUCAGAUACCGGGAUGAGUUCUUGGCUAAGAUGAAGGUUGUAUCAAACAACCCAUUCUCCUCUAAUAUCAGUGAUGCAACCAUCAAUUGGACAUUGGUUGAUGAAGAUCUAGAAUCAGAAGAUGAAGAAUCAUCUCAUAAUCUACUGCUCAAUGAAGCUGAUCUUGUGGAGCUGUUAGCUCAAUUUCCAUUCACGGACUUGUUUAGUCACAUUCUCUCUCUGGAUAAAAGUACUGACAAAGAGUACAACAUAGAGAAGGUAGAUAGCCAAGAUAUACUGAAAUUAAUUGCAUUCAGUUCAACUCUCAUCCAAAUCUUCAAUACUGGCCUUCAAACCUUCAAUAGAUCAAGAUAUCGUCAAUUUGUCAAGAGAAUUGGCAGACUAAUCAGGCACACUGUACAGUAUGUAUCUUAUCAUUGGACCAACUACAAGACAUGGAGACUCGAAGUUUGCAGAGACUCAGAAGGAACAAUCUUACCUGGUUCAAACUCUCACCAUGAGAUAACUCUACAGAUGAUACAGGUUGAGAUUGAUGAGAUGUUCUUCAGGGCGGUGCAGUGUAUCAUGAGUGCUCCGAGGCUUGGUACAUGGCAAUUCUUAGCUGACAUGCCAUACUCCUGCUUGUCAUCUUAUAUGGUGUGGAAGUUACUGUGGUUUCUACAUCAUUCUGAUAAAGGAGAAGUUUGCUCAUCAACCUCGAUCAAUGUUAAAACCAGAGCCAGGUUAGAUGAAUACAAGUGGGACCUUUCAGAUUCUACCAAAAUAGCAAAUUUCGGCAAUAGGCUCCUGAACAUGCCAAUGUCUGAGGUAAUAUAUCUGCUAACAACAUUUGCUAACAUGGCCAGUGCUAGAAGUAACAAAGAACCUGACUUCGUAAUCACUAUCACUAAUGAAGUCUAUGAGCUUGCUUAUGUGAACAAAUAUACCAGAGACUCAUGUUCUAAGGUUGGAAGGGAAUUACUUGCUAGUGUGGCACUCACUCAUCCUUUUAUUAUCACCAACAUCUUCAGUCUUAUCCAGUCAUCUAUGGAUGUCAUUGGAUCGAUGAGUGUAUACUUAUGCUCUGAAUUACCUGUGCAUCUCUGGAAACCUUCUGUUUCUGAUAUGAGCCUACUACGAGGUUGGAUUUUAGAUCAUAGUCCAGACUCCACGAAGAACCAACUAGCAAGGCUUAUUUUAUCCAAACUUGACUGGGGUUACACUGAACAGGAGGAUGAACUAGUUCUGGAUAUCAGCCUUCAUCGUAAGGUAGCCAUCUUAGUCAUGGAAGCAUUCACUAAACACAUAGCAGAGAAAUCUCAAGGAGCCUUCAUUGCCUCAACCAUUUCUUGGGGGAUAUCUGUUGUACUUGGAGAUGUGGUUAAUCUAGAUGUAUGGUGUUGGGACCUUCUCAACAAACUACGCCUCCAUAGUCAAGAUCAACCAACAUCCAUCCCUUCUGCAUCAGGAGGUUACCACUCUAAAACAUCAGAAGCAAGAGGAACGUCAUUGUCAUCAGAAAGAGAUUUUGCACCUCCAGAUUUGAAUGGUGAUCCAACUCUUUACCCUGUCAACAAAGCACUGUCCAGCAAGAUACCCCUGGCAUGUUAUAUAGCUGUGGCAAUGACAAAAGCAGGUCAUGACCUUGAGGAAUUCUUGACUAAAGGCUUGGAGUAUCUCCAGAACCUUAUUAGUGCUGGUUGUUACAGGAUGUGUAUACCUCUGAUAGGAAAGAUUGUUCCAACCUUCAUUGCAUCUGGUUGUCAAGAGUAUCUUCUUCAGAGCAUCAAGUUUGUCUCUUUGAUAGAGGCCAUUCUAACUGCUGAUCAUCAGUAUUCCAGAAUACUUGAGAAACUUUCCUUGUCUUUCCAAAGGGAGUGUACACACCUUUUUUCUAGUAUGAUUGCAACGCUUCUACAAGGUAGCAAGAAGCCUGGCUCACUUCAUGGUUUGACUGAUACCAUGCUUGAAUUUUGGCUCAUUAUCCUGACAUCCUGUAAGAGUUGGCAUACCAAUCAUGAUGUAUGUCAGGUUCUAGAUGCAACCUUAGAGUCUGCCCUUAUCUGUCACAAAGCAAGUGAUGUACUGAUGCAAGAAAUCUUCAUGACACACUUCAGGAAGAAUGUGCGUAAUCCUAGGGCUAGCGGUUUGCUAUCAUCUGUUAUGUCCCUAGUCUCCUCAUCCAGUCCUUUACCCACCAUGACAGAGCAAUACAAGAAAGAAUUCCCUUGGCUUGCUUACUCUCUCAUGUUAGCAGAGACAAGAUUUCUACAGGAAAAUGGGGUGCUUCAAAUCAUCUCACAGGAGCUUCAUGCCAAUGCCAAUCUGACCAAUGACCAAGCUCUCAAGAGAGCUAACCAGCAAUUAAAGAGUAAUUACUUGGUGUAUGCAAACCAGCUACCUAUCUACCGGUGGGCUCAACUGGCUUUGGAUACAGACAUCAUGCAUCCUCUAUUACCAGUUAUAUGGCAAAUGUUCUUUACUCUUUAUCUAGAAAGAAUGAAGGCACCAGGCGGGACUGUAGAGCGAUAUAGCAUAGGUUACCGCUAUUUUCAAUGCUACAGUGAUGUAACUUUCUUGAAGAAGCUGAAACGUCAACUUUCACAAACUGCGGACUAUCAUCAUAAUGCUAGUCAGGGAGACAUACCUGAAGGUCACUUCUCUGAAGGUCAACCACACAUGAGACAGAAGAACACUGUAGAGGGUGCUGUUGGAGGAAAUGAAGAAGGAGUGGUUGAUGGGAAUAACAGCAAGGAUUGUGAAGCUAUCACUGACAAGGAAAUUCACAAAAGGCUUCUCAAGCUUUAUCAGACAUUCCUCCUUUGGCUUGAAGAACCAUUACUUCAUGAAUCAAGUUUAUAUCUACCUGCAUUACCAGACCAGUAUGACAGAGAGAAACUGGCAACAAUAUUUGCUGCUCAAAUGGAGCCUUGGAUGGAGUAUGUUGAUUGGGAUCGUGUAAGCUCUGGAGUAGACAUAUUGGUAACCCAAUGGCUUCAGGUUACAAGACCAACUAUGUACAGGAAUAAUAGUCUCAAUGCUCAGGAUCAGGAAAAAGAGGCCUCAACACAUGUUCUCAACCAUCUACAUCAGUAUGAGAAUCCCAAACCAGAGCCAGUUGUCAAAGCCUUUAUAGCUCCCAUAAGAGAAAUACCAGAUAAUGUUUUAGUGGAUCAUCAAGCUAUGCUCCAGUUAAUUGAAGGUGACCUUCAAGAGAUGCUCAACUAUGCCAACUCAUUUUCAACGAGAGAAAGCUUGAAUGUUGCAUUGGACCUGAGUUAUAUUGAGCUCAUGCCUACCCUCUAUCAUAAUUCAGAAGUUGAGACAAGACUAGAAAUUCCUUGUAGAUCAGCAGUCUCUUCCAGGCAUCGUUGCUUAGGACCAGCAAAGAUUGUUGUCAGGCACCAAGAAUGCAAGUUAAGUGAUGCUGUGAAAAGAAAGCUGGAUGAAAACAGAACGGAGUACAAACAGCUAUCAAUAGAAAUGGAAUCACCACCUCCUCCAAUUAUCUGCACUGCUGCAGUUCACAUUGAGAAUGCCAUUACUGAUUUGAUCAAUAAGAGUCGUUCAUCUACUGGGGAAGAGAAGAUGACCCACAACCAAGUGGGUGUGGCCUUACUAUAUCACCUUGCCAACAAGAUGAAUGAUGAUUGCAGGCAUUAUCCUCCUACCAGACAGUUUUUUACAUCGUGUAUUGAGAUUUUAGGGCAGGUAAAUUAAAAGUAGCUUCUCGAUCUUCUACCAUUCUUAAAUGUGACAACAUGCACCCCAAAACCAAUAACAAGUUGCCAGGAAAGGUUCUCUGUAAGUAACCUAAAUGAUAGUUUGGUCUUCUCUAAGAAAACUUGAAAAUUAGCUAAUCUGAAAGAGUUCCCCUUUUUUAUACUGAUAACAUUUAAAGUUGAAUAAUAAAAUUUAAAGUUGAAUAAAAAUAAAAUGAAAGAUGUAAUAUUUUCUUUGACACUAAGUCUUUAGGGAUCGCUUGAAAGUUUCACUGAUAUUGCACAGUAUGCCCUCUCAUGCUAAUGUGAGCCUCAAACCUUGUUUUAUCUGUUGAAAUAUGCCUCAUUCGAUGGUUCAUGUAUAUCAAAAGUCUCUGUGCAAGCGCUUUCCAACCUGCAAGCCUUAUUUCCAUGUGUCAGUCAUACUCACGCACCUACGCCAUCUUCAUCUUUUCAGACUAACCUGCCUCAACAUUCGUCAUACAUGUAGAUAAGUCUCUCUUACAGAUUGAGUUUUUAGUGUUUUUCUCCAAAUACUCUGAUAUUGCAUAUUAUUAUUAUAUUUAGUUAGAGUGGGCCUUCCAUUUUGCAUCAUUGUUGUACAGUGUAGCAUUUCUAGGGUCCCUUUUCUCUCAGCUAUGCUGUGCAGGGUUUACUUGGAACCAUCCUUUCCUAGCGCAGCUGCGAUCUAUUUGUUUAAUAUAUUUUCACUAACUUUCGGAAUCCGUUUUGUGUACCCGUUAUUCGUAUUCCUUUUAUUUGCUUCCUUCCCAGAAACAUUGCUUGUUUUUUUUCACUCGCCUUUGUUCUUGUAUCUUCUCUUUCCCAUUGCUUCUUCUUUCAUUGGAAAUAUUUCAUCACUACUUUUUCUGGGAGCACUUAACCACCAUGUUUCAUUUCUUGUUUUUCUUUCGCUACAGUUACCUUUUACCUGUCCUUUUACUGGCACGUACGUGCAGUCGCCGCUGGCUAACGUCAGCUUAAUGGAUGACGCCAUACUGCCAGAUUUGGCCCGCGCCCUUACCGGCUAACGCUUGAAUGCCAUUCAUCCAUACACAAAUUCCCCUUGAUUACCGUUGAUAAAAACCUCUGUCAAAUCUUUCCCAGCGUUUUUAUGAAUUAGCGAUGGAUGUUUUUCCGUUAAUCAAAUAUCGUUUAUUAUACCCAUAUUUUUUAAAUAUUUAUAAAAUUUUUAUUUUAAUCACAAUUUCAGUCCAAACGCGGGUCAGUUUUUGUUAACCCACGUUGUUUGUGCAUGCCCGCUUAUAGCCUUACGCGUAGUGAAAGGAAUGAUGUUGGGUCCAACAACAGAAUUGUUGUUGUUUGUUGGGUAUGAAACUAUGAUGGCGACCAGUCACGUUUGACUGUAAAGCCAAAUCGUUAAGAUUAAUUAAUUAAGGUCAAGGUGAGAUAAGAGAAAGGAGCAAGGGACUUUGUGGUGGGGGGGGGGCAGGGGAGAGAGAGAGAGAGAGAGAGAGAGAGAGAGAGAGAGAGAGAGAGAGAGGGAGAGAGAGGGGGGAGAAGGGGGGGGUUAAGAGGGCCGAGUGUGGAUUUCAUCAUACAGUGCAGGGCGUCGAUGAACACCUUUCUCCAAAAUAUAGUAAGUGACAGAAAAAUCAGAAAAGGGUUGAUUGGUUCUGAUUUUGC